AUGACCAUUCGAUGUUUACAGAUUAUCACGCGCCUGCACUCUGGGGGGGCAGAAGAGGCAGUAUUAAAACUUGUGCAAGUGCUGUACAAACAUAGCAUUAUAUGCGAUAUUGCUACUGGAUCUAUACAAAACGGAGGUGCCUUGCAAAAAAACCAACUUCCUUCGCAGUGUACGUUGCAUCAUAUUCCCUCUCUUAAAAGAAAGAUACAAGCACUAUCAGAUAUACAGGCAUACCGAUCUCUACGAUCUCUUAUACAAAAGCAAAAGUACGAUAUUGUUCACACGCAUACAGCUAAGGCGGGUAUUGUGGGGCGUUAUGCUGCACACAAGGCUUCUGUGCCCGUUGUUCAUACAGUUCACGGUCUUAGUUUUGGGUACCCUCCUCUUACUAUUAUUCAAAUGAUAUUUCGUGCCUUUGAACGUUGGGCGGGAACGUUUACCAAUAAAAUGAUAUUUGUAUCUCAUGCGUGUAAGCAGUACUACCUUCAACAGAAAGUUGCAAGGCCCCAGCAAUCCAGUGUAAUAUAUGUCGGACAGGAUCUUGAACCAUAUAGAAGGGUUGCCACAGCUUCGUAUGAACAGCGGAUGUUUGCAAGAAAGACUCUAGGUCUUCAUGUAGACAGUUCAGAAAUAGUAUUAGCCUGUAUUGCUCGUAUUGUAAAGGGAAAAAACUUAGAAACACUUUUUACUAUUCUUUCUCGUGUUGUAAGGCGACAUACACAUCUUACUCUCUUGUUGUUUGGGGACGGAGAGAAAAAGUACAAGAAAGAUUUGGAGUACCUUGCAAAAAAACUAGGGAUAGAUAAGUAUGUUCGCUUUAUGGGGUUUUACUCUGAUAUUUGGAAAAUCCUGCCAGCUAUAGACAUACAUUGCUUCACUUCUCUAUCAGAGGGUCUUCCUCUUGCUGUGCUGCAAUGCUCUGCUGCUGGUAUUCCUACUGUAUGCUUUCCGUUUCAUUCUACAGAAGAAAUUAUUCGCAAUGGGGAAAGUGGGUAUAUCUGUCCAAAAAAUGACAUCGAUGCUUAUACUCAUGCUCUAUGCACCCUUAUUGAAAACAAGGAUAUGCGAAAAGAAUUUGGUAAGGCUGCUGUUCAAUGUGCUCGUGGCACGAAAAACACAAAUUGGGAGGUAGAUACCUAUAGUACACAAACAAUACGUGUGUAUAACGAUGUCUUGCAAUCAAGUGCGCGAUACUAA